UACUACAAUUUGCUCAAUCCACCUGGCUCCGCGAUUACAUCGAACUUAAUACAUAGCUUAGAAUGUGCGCGAAAAACGAUUUUGAAAAAAAUGUAUACAAAUUAAUGAACAACGCGGUAUUCGGUAAAACGAUGGAAAAUGUCCGGAAUCACGUGUAUGUAAAAUUGAUAACGAAAUGGGACGGACGAUACGGUGCGGAGGCAAUGAUCGCGAAACCAAAUUUCCACAGCCGCAGCGUCUUUGCGGAAAAUUUAAUCGCCGUCAAACUGCGUAAACUCGAGGUAAAAUUCAACAAGCCGAUUUAUCGGUACGACCCAUGCGUGCUUGCUCAGCAUAUCGAUAAUAGUGAGGAUAUAGUGGUAACCUUUGUUGAAUCGCGUAUAAGGUCGCAUUUCGACUACAUCUGCCUGCCAUAG